CACUUCCCGGCUCUCCUCGCGCAGCCUGUGACACUCCUUGGACCGCGAGCAGGGAGCGGGCUUUCCACAGCUGCGCUUCUCGACCCGGACCUGGACCCAACCUCGGACUCCAACACGGCUCUACCAUGGAGGAGGCGGACCGAAUCCUCAUCCAUUCCCUGCGACAGGCCGGCACGGCAGUUCCUCCAGAUGUGCAGACCCUGCGAGCUUUCACCACUGAGCUGGUUGUAGAAGCUGUGGUCCGUUGCCUGCGUGUGAUCAACCCUGCUGUGGGCUCCGGCCUUAGCCCCCUGCUGCCUCUUGCUAUGUCUGCCCGGUUCCGUCUGGCUAUGAGCCUGGCUCAGGCCUGUAUGGACCUGGGAUAUCCCUUGGAACUUGGCUAUCAGAACUUCCUCUACCCCAGUGAGCCUGAUCUCCGGGACCUGCUUCUCUUCUUGGCUGAACGUCUGCCCACUGAUGCCUCUGAGGACGCAGACCAGCCUGCAGGUGACUCAGCUAUCCUCCUCCGGGCCAUUGGGAGCCAAAUCCGGGACCAGCUAGCCCUGCCCUGGGUCCCACCCCUCCUUCGCACUCCUAAGCUGCAGCAGCUCCAGGGCUUGGCCCACCAGAAGCCUUUCCAUGCCAGCAGGCUGUUCAUGCCUGAUUUGCUCUCCAGAGGAGAGUCCCGGGAGUUCCAGGUGAGUCCCCUGCUGCUACCAGCCCCCGCCCAGGUGCCCCAGCCUGCUGUGAGAGUGGCCUCGCUCCUUGAACGCCACGCCAUCCAACUCUGCCAGCACACAGGCCGGGACCGCCCCAGGGAUGAGGACUGGGUCCACCGGGCAUCCCGCCUCCCCGUCCAGGAGGAUACUCGGGCUCAGCGGCAGCGGCUGCAGAAGCACCUGGCCGAGCAUCUGCGUCAGACCUGGGGCCGGCCAGGGCCCCCCCAACAAGCCCGAGACCUGGGAGAGCUGCUGCAGGCCUGGGGUGGUGGCACCAGGACUGGUGCUCCCAAGGGCUCCCGCUUCACACAUUCAGAGAAGUUCACCUUCCAUCUGGAGCCCGAGGCCCAGGCAGCCCAGGUGUCAGAUGUGCCGGCCACCUCCCGGCGGCCUGAACAGGACACGUGGGCGGCUCAGGAGCAGGAGCUGGAGUCUCUUCGGGAGCAGCUGGAGGGAGUGAAUCGCAACAUUGAAGAGGUUGAAGCCAACAUGAAGACCCUGGGAAUAAGCCUUGUGCAGGUGGAGACUGAGUGUCGGCAGAGCAAGCUCAGCACAGCGGAGCAUGGGCAGGCCCUGCGCCUGAAGAGCCGGGCGGUGGAGCUGCUGCCUGACGGGGCUGCCAACCUCGCCAAGCUGCAGCUCGUGGUUGAGAGCAGUGCCCAGCGGGUCAUCCACUUGGCAGGUCAGUGGGAAAAGCACCGUGUUCCACUCCUUGCUGAGUACCGCCACCUCCGAAAGCUCCAGGACUGCAGAGAGCUGGAAUCUUCUCGACGGCUGGCAGAGAUCCAGGAGCUGCACCAGAGUGUUCGGGCAGCUGCUGAAGAGGCCCGCAGGAAGGAGGAUGUCUAUAAGCAGCUGGUGUCAGAGCUUGAGACCCUGCCCAGAGAUGUGUCUCGGCUGGCCUAUACCCAGCGCAUUCUGGAGAUUGUGGGCAACAUCCGGAAGCAGAAGGAAGAGAUCACUAAGAUCUUGUCUGACACGAAGGAGCUUCAGAAGGAAAUCAACUCCCUGUCUGGGAAGCUGGACCGGACGUUUGCGGUGACCGAUGAGCUUGUGUUCAAGGACGCCAAAAAGGACGAUGCUGUUCGGAAGGCCUACAAGUAUCUAGCUGCCUUGCAUGAGAACUGCAGCCAGCUCAUCCAGACCAUUGAGGACACAGGCACAAUCAUGCGGGAGGUUCGAGACCUUGAGGAGCAGAUUGAGACGGAGAUGGGCAAGAAGACCCUCAGCAACCUGGAGAAGAUCCGUGAGGACUACCGAGCCCUUCGCCAGGAGAAUGCUGGCCUCCUGGGCCGGGUCCGUGAGGCCUGAGCAGCCCCCAGCAGAGGUCUCCCCUGGGCCUCAGGCAGGGAUUUGGGGUGCUAGGGGCACUGGCCAAGCACUGGCCCGGGCCAUGCCCUCUGCUUGCGGUCCAGUUCCUCCUGCUGUAGCCUUGGCCCCAGACCCUUGCCCACCUGACCCCAACCCUUAUCUGGGGCGAUCAUUCAGAGUAUGGGAGCUCGGCUGCAGUUUAUUGCGGAGGGCACGGGGGGUUGGGGCCUUGGAUCUCAAAUAAAUGAGGGGCUCUGUCUGCAGUCUAAGCUGAGGCAUGGAUGGGGGCACAGGGCACAGGGCUCAGGAUAGGGGAGGGGGCGGGUGGCAGGUGAGACACUGGGUACGUUUGGUGAGUCGGUGUGCAUGGCCCUGGGUGUCUGCGUGGGACUCAGGAGGCCCACUGGGGGUGCUUUGUGGGUGCGCAUGCGUGAGACAUGCAGGUGAGUUCAGAGAGUCUGUGUGACUGAGCAUCUGUGUCGGGAGCUGUGUGAUACCGUGUGUGACCAGCAUGUGUCUGUGUGGCUUUCUGGGACCUGAGAUCCUGAAGGUACCGAGGCUGCUUCUGUGCGGGUGUCUGGGCAUGCCCCGUGUGACACUGCACCUGUGGGCCUGGAAGCUGGCUACGGGUGUGUGCUUUGGGGCAUGUGGGUUGACAGGACUGUGCUUGGGUGUGACUGUUUGUGUGACUCUGGAUUUGAGGUGGUGUCAGUGUACUGAGGCAGGCUCUUUGUGUUUGGGGGUUUGUAUUGAGUCCAAGGGACAGGAUUGCGACUCUCUGUGUCCUUUCCAGCCCUAAGGUCAUCUGUGAGAGCGACUGAGGCAGGCUGUUUGUGUGGUCGGUUGUGAAGGCUCAGUUUGGCUGGAGAGCCAGUCGCGGGGGGCUGGGGCGGGGGUGUGGGGUUGGGGCCGGGGUCCCUCUGAGCAGCCUUGGUGCAGAGCAUGUGAUCCAGGAGGGCAGU